GCUCCGGGCGAGGCGGCGGUGGGAAGAGCUGGCUCUGUGUCACUCCUUCCUCGGGCGCUUUCGGUCUCUGCGGGGUAGGAAAUCCUCUUCUAGACUCGAAAUUGCAACAGAUUCUCUGAUAACGUUCUGUCUUCGAAGACCUGCAGCUGCUCCCGUCCUGGUCCUACGCUUGCCCCAGGAUUACACGCUGCCCACCUGCCGCCUAGGAUAUGGAAUGGCAAACAGGUUAGCAGAGAAGCCUCGGACAGAGCGCUGGUGGAUUUAGCUGCUCUUCGCCCCCUCCUGGCAGCCCUGGGCCUCCUCCUGGGCACGCCCUGCGCUAUGGACUCCCCGGGCUACAACUGCUUUGUGGACAGGGAUAAGAUGGAUGCCACCAUCCAGGACCUGGGGCCCAAGGAGCUGAGCUGCACCGAGCUGCAGGAGCUGAAGCAGCUGGCACGCCAGGGCUACUGGGCCCGCAGCUACACCCUGCGGGGAAAGGUGUACCAGCGCCUGAUCCGGGAUAUCCCCUGCCGCACGGUCACACCAGACGCCAGCGUGUACAGUGACAUCGUCGGCAAGAUCGUGGGCAAGCACAGCAGUGGAAGCCUGCCCUUGCCCGAGUUUGUGGACAACACGCAGGUGCCCAGCUACUGCCUGAACACACAGGGCGAGGGCGCCGUGCGUAAGAUCCUGCUGUGCAUCGCCAACCAGUUCCCUGAUGUCUCCUUCUGCCCCGCGCUGCCUGCGGUCGUGGCCCUGCUGCUCCACUACAGCAUCGACGAGGCCGAGUGCUUCGAGAAGGCCUGCCGCAUCCUGGCCUGCAACGACCCCAGCAAGAAGCUAAUCGACCAGAGCUUCCUGGCCUUUGAGUCUUCCUGCAUGACGUUCGGGGACCUGGUGAACAAGUACUGCCAGGCAGCCCACAAGCUGAUGGUGGCCAUUUCAGAGGACGUCCUGCAGGUCUAUGCGGACUGGCAGCGGUGGCUGUUUGGGGAGCUGCCCCUCAACUACUUUGCUCGCGUCUUUGACGUCUUCCUGGUGGAAGGUUACAAGGUGCUGUACCGUGUGGCGCUGGCAAUCCUCAAAUUCUUCCACAAGGUGAGAGCUGGGCAGCCGCUGGAGUCAGACAACGUGAAGCAGGAUAUCCGCACCUUUGUCAAGGACAUCGCCAAGACUGUGUCUCCCGAGAAGCUGCUGGAGAAAGCGUUUGCCAUCCGCCUCUUUUCUCGGAAGGAGAUUCAGCUCCUACAGAUGGCCAAUGAGAAAGCUCUGAAGCAGAAGGGCAUCACUGUCAAGCAGAAGAGUGUUUCACUUUCUAAAAGGCAGUUUGUGCACCUGGCUGUUCAUGCAGAGAACUUCCACUCAGAGAUCGUCGGCGUGAAGGAGAUGAGAGACAUCUGGUCAUGGGUCCCUGAGCGGUUCGCCCUCUGCCAGCCCCUCCUGCUCUUCUCUUCGCUGCAGCACGGGUACAGCCUGACCAGGUUCUAUUUCCAGUGUGAAGGACACGAGCCCACCCUCCUGCUCAUCAAGACCACGCAAAAGGAGGUGUGUGGAGCUUACCUGUCAACAGACUGGAGUGAGAGAAACAAGUUUGGAGGCAAGCUGGGCUUCUUUGGGACCGGAGAAUGCUUUGUGUUUAGGCUGCAGCCCGAGGUCCAGCGCUACGAGUGGGUGGUCAUCAAACACCCGGAGCUGACCAAGCCUGUGUCCUUGGAGUCUACCACCAUUCUGUCCUCGCCCUGCCACUCUGUGUCCUCAGACCCUGCUGACCGCCUCUCGCCGUUCCUGGCUGCUCGACACUUCAACCUGCCCUCCAAGACGGAGUCCUUGUUCAUGGCCGGGGGCAACGACUGCCUCAUCAUAGGUGGAGGGGGCGGCCAGGCACUCUACAUCGACGGGGACCUGAACCGGGGCCGCACAGGCCACUGCGACACUUUCAACAACCAGCCCCUCUGCUCUGAGAACUUCCUCAUCGCUGCUGUGGAGGCCUGGGGCUUCCAAGACCCUGACACCCAGUGACAGGCGUGAUCUAACGAGCCUGAUGCUUCUGCUGGGCCUCAGUGUGUAGCCACGCCUAAAGAGGCUGACCAGGAAGGGGCCCUCCGUGACUGACCCCAAACCAACCAACAUUUCCAGGGGCCUGCCUGGAGAAGCCUGGACCCCUGGAACCUUUUUCAGCCCUCCUCCUCUCCAGCUCGGGCCCUCCUUAGCUCCACUGCAGUCCUUGCGGCGGCCCCAUUUCACUGCAGUGACAUGGCCCAGGAUCCUGUCCAGACCCCUCAGCACGGAGUGCUGGCCUCGUCCAGGCCUACCCACCUCACCUUCAUUGUGCUCCACACACCCUCCCCAGCUCCCUGCCCCCGAGCACCUUCCUGAUGCAUCCCUCUGCAUGGCACGAGUUCUCCUUCUGCGUCUCUCAGGGCUGUGUGAGCCCUGCAGGGAGUGGCCCUCCCACCCCAUGACCUCCCUCAGCUGGUCCUGAGGGCCUGGGCACACCCCUGAGGAAAGAGGACAAGCGGACAUCCAAGGGGCUGUGCCGAGGCCAUGGCAGCCUGCGCCACAGAUGCCAGGGGGUCCUGCCUCUCCAUGUUCCCACAUGCCACGCCUCUGUCCUCCACAUCUUGCUUGCUCUUCCUGUGGGGUGCUCAUCCUCCCCUGCCCACCUACUCAGAUCCCCCCCGAGCCAGGCCAAAGUGAUACAGAAGGAAGGACCGGGAACCCUGUGUGGCUUUGGGCAAGCUGAUGAACCUGUCUGGAACUCAGUUUCCCCAACUGUAAAAUGGGGCCAGUCAUCCUGCUGUGCUGUACCCACAGGACUGCUGAGAGGCUCUGAGGGGCCAGUGUGAAUCCCUGUAGAAGGGAGAGGUGUUGGGAGGUGGUGUCACAGCUUACCCCCCCCACCAGACCCUGCAGCCCUCGCUGCCCCCUGUCCUCGAGCCCCCACAGCCCUCACCUGUACUUUGGUGUUCAUUAAACACAGUCUCGUUACAUGAACUCCAGGGAUCCCGAGUCUGGUUUCUUCAAUUAGGGGGACCUCCCGGGGCUACCCGCCCCUGGGCAUGCCACUGAACAGGGUGCAGCCUCCUGCUUGUCAGUGUUCUAUCACGGGAACGUCGAAGGCCUUUUAAAAGCACAGCCUUUCAGAAGCAGCUGAAGGCAUACCUGAGCGCUAUUUGCAUGGCCUCCUCUGUAAUCUUCCUGAACUGGGGUGUUCUUUAUCUGGAGAGUAAGUCCAGAGGAUUCUCUGUGGCUGCCCCAAGGGCCCCCAGAGGUCUGCCAGGGAGGGUGACUGCUGAUUAGUCACGAUUUCUGUAUCAUGAGAUCUUCAUGUGUGCAUGUAAAAUAUUCAGUUUCUUUGAAUUUCACAUCUUCUCCCUAACUUUUCUGCUAAACUAAAAGGUAUGUGGUUAUUAUCUCUAUUUUUUAUUCUUAUUAUUGUCCUUGUUAUCUGAUAUUAGGUGUUAAUACUCUAUUAUUUCUUCCUGAUUAUUACUAGCAUUUUAUGUUAAAAAUUAGCCAAAGUUUUAUGGAUUUGCAUAAUGAGUUAUUUGUUUUUCUAGAAACAUUUGAAAAUUUAUUUCAAAAACAAAAAAUUAGGGACUUCCCUGGUGGCACAGUCGUUCAGAAUCCACCUGCCAAUGCAGGGGGCAUGGGUUCGAUCCCUGGUCCGGGAAGAUCCCACAUGCCGUGGAGCAACUAAGCCCGUGCGCCACAACUACUGAGCCUGCGCUAUAGAGCUGCAAGCCACAACUACUGAGCCCGCGAGCCACAACUACUGAAGCCUGCGCACCUAGAGCCCGUGCUCCGCAACAAGAGAAGCCACCACAAUGAGAAGCCCGUGCACUGCAACGAAGAGUAGCCCCUGCUCACCGCAACUGCAGAAAGCCCACGCGCAGCAACGAAGACCCAACGCAGCCAAAAAUUAAUUAAUUUUUUAAAUUUUUAAAAAUAAGGAAAGCAAAAAAUUGAACAUAGAUUAAACCAAUUCAUUAUCAAAGUGGACUGUAUGCAUUUAAGGCUUUAGAAAAUCAGUUUUUAAAAAAUAAUUUGUAAUACAAGAGUAAGUCAUUUGUAUUUUAUGAGUUUUUCAGUUUUAAUUAUUGAAUUAAAAUAAGUAUUUCAGUUUUUCCUAUUUUUAUAAGUUCCAUGCCUAUUAUUUUUUUCAGGUUUUCAGGGCAACUUGUUUUAGAAAAUUCUGAAGAUUUCACAAGGGCUUCAAAUUUCUUUUAUCUAUUUCCUGAAGCCACAGAGCCUUUAUAAUAGUCUCCUUACAUAUUUUAUGUUUAGUAGAUUCAGUUUUUGUCACUUUAUUUUGAAAUAAUUUUAGAUUUACAGAAGAGUUUCACGGAUGGUAUAGAGCUCCCACGACCCCUCCCUACCCUCCCCCAGUGUUAAUAGUGCAUGUUUAUCAAACCUAAGAAAUGACCAUUAGUAUGAUGCUGGAAACUUAAACUACAGUCUGUAUUCAGAUUCCCUCAGUUUUUCUAUAGUCGUUUUUGUUCCAGGAAUAGAUUUAAUUUUUAUAACUGUUUACUUCCUCAUAUUUUAGUUAAAUCCUGAAUGUCAUUAAGUUCACAUGACUAACACUGGUCAAAAAAAAAUUGCCAUAAUUAGGCCGUACAGUGACUGUGUCAAAUAUGUAUUCCUGUAUCUCAACGGUCCUCCCCCAACUGUCGUGUUUACACAGAGAGGUUGCCAAAUGAGGCAGGAGUGCCAGGCACACCUCGCAGGUGCUUCACCCUACGAUGUCAAGUUAGAAAGAAAAGUGUUUGCAUGUUUAAAAAUAACCUGUCGUAAAAAAAAAAAGAAUUUAUGAUCUUCGUUAUAUACAUGUCAGACUGUGCUUGAAGUUAGGUGCAGUGUCAUGUGACUCAUGUCUGGAGCUGAAAUGCCUCCCAUGCGUGCAGACCCACUCAUUUCACCCGACCGCGUGGAAUUUAUCAACACCGCACUUGGCGACCAAGGAAGCAAAGUUAGUGGGCACACUGUCACACAGACACUGACCCAUGAUGUGACAUGGGACACACCAACUAACAAAAGCUUCCGCCUUAGACCGCUAAAGCCCAGGUGUGGCUGCUCAGUUAGGUUCCCCAUUAGAUGCGCCCCUGGUUGCAGGGAGCCUGCAGGUCUGAUCUUGUCCAGUGAUAUGGUCGAUAACGUGGUGAAGCUAGCUCAACCCAAGCUAUCCCAGCCCCUGUUUUUAUUUUCACACAAAGAUACAGGAGCAAGCCCCUGUUCUAUUUCACCCUGAAGUGCAUUGACUGGCAAAGGACACGUUUUGUCAAAAGUUUACAAGCUAAAGAUCGAAGAGGAGAGCUGUGUGAAUAAUUUUACCUUCUUGUUCUUGUCUAGGAUGGUUAUUGGCUGAAAAAUGGAUUACUGGACUGACACUUUAGAGCAUUUAAAUGAAUGUAAAAAAAAUAUUUUGAGGACCUUGUGGAAAUACGUGUAGUGAGUGAAUGUGUAACUUUGAAGCAAAAUCUAACUUUGGAAAAAUAAGUGAUUUAGUGAUAUGUUUGGUCAGUGUUAAUUUUGAGUCCUAAAUAAAAUGAAUGAGAACAUAUGGA